AACUAGCCCCGUUCUCCAUUUAUGACGAAAUGUCAUAUAACUAUUAAUGUAUAGACGGGCCUAAAGACAUAUUACAAAACGAUAACUCCUCGACAAACAUCCGGCUGUGUUGAGUUGUUGAGUAAUCCUCUGGACGCCUCUCUGGAGCUGGUGUGCGAUGAUUUACGUUCUUUGCGUUUUCAUCUUGACAUCGUUCGUCAGAGCGCCGGAGGUUUGCCAGGAACACAACCUUCCUCAGCCUCCCCUCCUCUUCUUCACGCUCCUCUGCUUCGCUAUAAAAGGCGCGGAGCUUCUUCCACACACUCAGUCGGAGUCACCAGCUGCCAAACACAGUCCACUACUCACACUUGUUUGACUUUCAAGGAACAUACUCCAGCCGCAAGACACAGAGCUGCAGCAACCUCUGGGAUAGCUCGUGGAGAAGACGCAAACUAGAUUUUUCAGAACAGAGCCCUGAAGACACGCUCACACAAGGCAGUCUACUGUAGUCCGACCCUGACAGCAUCACCGCUGCCAUGCACAGGCUCGUUUCCAUUGCCCUGCUAUUCCUGGGUGCCAGUUUGGCUGCUUCCCUCUUCCUCCCUGACUCUCUGGAGCUGAGGCAGCUGAUGCAACGCUACCAGGAUGAGCUGGAGCCCAACGGCACAAAAGCCGAUGCACCUUUACGCACUCGCAGAGCCAUCAGGUGGUCAGACAGAGAGGAGAUCCUGCAACUGCACAACAAGCUGAGAGGAGAGGUGUACCCGACCUCCUCCAACAUGGAGUACAUGGUUUGGGACGAUGAACUGGAGAAGUCAGCGACCUACUGGGCAGAACAGUGCCAGUGGGAACAUGGACCUAAAGACCUACUGAUGUCCAUCGGGCAGAACCUGGCAGUGCACUGGGGAAGGUACCGCUCUCCGGCCUACCAUGUACAGGCCUGGUACGACGAGGUGAAGGACUACACCUACCCUUACCCGCAUGAGUGCAACCCCUGGUGCCCUGAGCGCUGCUCUGGACCCAUGUGCACCCACUACACACAACUGGUCUGGGCCACGACCAACCGUGUCGGCUGUGCUGUUCACACGUGUCCACGUAUGAACGUAUGGGGAGAAAUCUGGGAGAACGCCAUCUAUCUCGUCUGCAAUUACUCACCCAAGGGGAACUGGAUCGGGGAAGCCCCUUACCAAAACGGCCGCCCCUGUUCCCAGUGCCCACCAAGCUAUGGAGGAGGAUGCAGAGACAACCUCUGCUACAAGGGAGACCCUGAACGUCAUGAGUCUCCAGAUAUGAAUGAGGUGGAGAAGCCCCAGGAGCCUGUACAGCCUCGAACUACUCCAACUAGGCCUCAGCCCAAACCCUUUUUGCCCCAAAAACCUGCAAAUACCAAUCCUUCCUCAACCAAGAUUACAAGAACUACCUAUCUAGCACAAAAUAUUAAGUGUGAGACAAAAAUGAGGGACAAAUGUAAAGGAGCAGCCUGCAACAGGUACAACUGCCCAGCAAACUGCUUAAAUAAGAAGGGGAAAGUGUGGGGAACACUGUAUUAUGAUGUUCAAUCGAGUAUUUGCCGUGCUGCUAUCCACUAUGGAAUAAUUGACAACAAUGGAGGCCUUGUGGAUGUAACGAGAAAAGACAACUUCCCAUUCUUUGUAAAGGCAACCAAGAAUGGCGUAGAGUCAUUCAGUAAAUACAAACCUGGCAAUGCAUUUACAGUGUCGAGAGUGGAAGAGCAAACAAUAGACUGCUACACAACAGUGGCUGAGAUUUGUCCCUUCAAGGCAUCCACCUCUCAUUGUCCAAGAGUCUUCUGCCCAGCUAAUUGCAUAAACGAACCUUCAUAUUGGGCUCCAGUGGUCGGCAGCAACAUAUACGGAGAUGGCUCCAGUAUCUGCCGAGCAGCUAUCCACGCUGGGGUGAUCAAAGCCAGCGGCGGCUAUGUGGACCUCCUGGCUCUGGAUAAGAGGAAAAGCUACACCGGGACCUUGAAGAAUGGCAUCCAGUCCGAGAGUAAAACCAAUUCAGAAGGCGGUUCGUUCCGUGUCUUCGCUGUUAGAGAGUGAGACGGCACUGACGGGACACAAAAGAUCACCGAUUUGCUCUCGAAAGUCAGGACAUAUCAAAUGAAAUGCAACAUUUGGACCAAAGAGACAUUUACAGAAGACCAAAGGAUGUGUCAAAGUCUGCUAGCUCAAUCCAUGGGCUUCCAAAGGUUUUAUAUACAAUUGUGAAUAAGAUUUUUGACCACAUGCAGCUCUUAACAAAAUGCAGUGUGGUAGAAAUGGUAUUUUAACAGCGGUGCUGGUUUCAAUCGUUGUUGUUUUUUAGAUUCAAGUCAGUUUAUUUUUUGAUUAUAUUCUGUUAGUCUUGAAUACAAGCAAAUUCUCUAAUUUACAUACAAAAUGCAUAUUGAUUACACUGUAUUUAAUCUGUACAGAUAUUUUGUUGAUUUAUCAUUUUUUGCUUUAUUUCCUAAAUCAUUUUUGGAAGCCGGAGCUGGAAUAGGGUGUAAUAGUCACACCCACUUUUUUGCUUUAAGAGAUAUUUUUCCAGUUCAGUUUAUCUAUAGUAAAAAAAUCCAACCAUCUCCAUGAUGAAUCACAAAAUUACAAACAUAAUAUGAAAAUAUAAUUUUCAGCUCAGAUGGUACGCCUGUCUCAAAAGUUCAAUUCAAAAAUCAAUUUCUCUAUGAGGAAAAUGAGUGGGAUUUUUACUUCCGGAAACUUUUGCGCUCUAUUGCAAUAGUAGUUGAGUGUGUACAGUGCAGUACGGGGGAUUUAUUAAACCUGAAGUGGGCAAACAGAUGCUUCGUAGAGAAAUGGCAAAGAAAAAGAGGCGAACCUCCAAGCAAAAGAAACCUUUUCUUCAUAAUGCAUGUAAGCCUUCCAGAGUCAACAGUACUCAGACUUUAUGGUAAAGGUGCAAAAACAUUGAAACAAUGUUCAAUCCCAGGAGGAUUCAGAGUCACUGAGUGCAUGUUUAGGCUCAUCUUUCAUUAUGGUGCCUUCAUUUUUGUUAUUUAUUAUUAUGCCUCCUUCAACCCCUGCUCAGAACUGCAAAUUCUGUGGAACAGAACCAAAUAUUUAUGAAUGUGACAUGUGAUAUGUGCUCACUUGAGAAUCGAACGUCUGUCGGCGUCUAACAUAUUCCUGUUUGGUUAAAUGCUAUAUAGAACCCAGAGCUUGUCAUUACUGCCAAAAGCAAUUCCAUUAGAAGUUUAACUUUAUUUUUUAUUUCACACGAAAUGAAACUCAAGUGCGCCAUGCCGACUGAACAUCAGUUUGUUUAAACCACUUUAUACUGCAACAUGAUAAAAAGGUACUUGCGCUGAAAGCCAUGCCUCUGAAAGGAAAGAGACUGUUGUAUAUCAACGGUAUAUCUACUUCUUAUCUUAGUGCAUAUCUCAGUUAGUGUUCAGAUUCGAGGAUUUAGACUUAAUGUAGAUGUUCUUAUAAAACAAGGGCCAUGGAGCACAAUAAUCCCUUUGAAGGCUUCCGUUUUGCUGCUUUUAACUUUUCACCGACUUUUAUUUUCUUUGUAACUUUCUCGAAUUGUUACCUCAGUCUUGUUGCAGCGAUAUAUUUGAGUAUUGAUGUUUUUAGGGAAAUCAUAAAUGUUUGUACAGUACAAUGGUUUGUGUAAAUAUUCAGAUUUGUGCUUUGUUUUCAAAUCCGUAUUGUAAAAGUAUGAAAGUGUAUGUCAUCUGUGCCUUUUUUAAAGCCAGAGGGAUAAUUGUUUUUGCACAAAUUUAAAAUUAAGACUA